CAGGAAUAGUAGGUUAUUAAGUAGUUUGGGGUGUUACUCCAGCCUUACAUUCACCAUUAAUGUCAGUCACAAAUGCAGUAUCUGGUAUAAUUAUAGUUGGAGGUAUGGAAUUGAUGGAUGGAAAAUAUAUGCCAGGAUCUUUAACUGGAUUAUUAGCAGCUAUUUCUGUUGCAAUUGCAUCAUUGAAUAUUUCAGGAGGUUUCUUAGUCACAUAAAGAAUGUUAAAUAUGUUUAGAAGACCAACUGAUCCUCCUGAAUAUAAUUAUUUGAUGGCAUUAGCAGGAGCAACAGGAGUACUUGGAUAUUAUGGUGGACUCUAUUAUGGAAUUCCUAAAGAACCAUUGACAAAUCUAUCUUAUUUAGCAUCUUCAAUUGCUUGUAUCUUAGCUAUUGGAGGAUUAGCAUAAUAAUAAACAGCUAGAAUUGGUAAUAGUUUUGGAUGUUUGGGAGUUGGAUUAGGUGUUGCUGCAACUUUAGGAUAUAAAGGAUUUUCUCCAGAAUUAUUAGCUUAAUGGGCAUCUAUGGUUAUGUUAGGAGCUACUAUUGGUGGUACUGUUGCUACAAGAGUUGCUAUUACUGAUUUACCUUAAUUAGUUGCAUGUUUCCAUUCCUUUGUUGGUUUGGCAGCUGUUUUAACAUCAAUUGGUAACUAUUUACAUGUAUUCCCUCAUUUGGCUGAAGAUCCUGCUGCCCUUGUUCAUAAAUUAUCAAUAUUCUUUGGUAUUUUCACUGGUGGUAUUACAUUUACUGGUUCUCUUAUUGCAUUUGCUAAAUUGUAAAAUCUCUUGCCUUCAAAUCCAACUGUUGUUCCUUAUCAUAAUUAAGUCAAUAUUGCAUUGGCAGCACUUUCAGUUGCUUCUUUAUUAGUAUACAAUCAAACAGGUAGUUUUGCAGUAGGAAUGACAGCAUUAUUAACAGCUACUGCUGCUAGUAAAGUUUUAGGAGUUACAUUAACAAAUGCUAUUGGAGGUGCUGAUAUGCCAGUUGUUAUAACAGUUUUGAAUUCAUAUUCAGGAUGGGCAUUAUGUGCUGAAGGUUUUAUGUUAGAUAAUCCAUUAUUAACAAUAGUUGGAGCAUUAGUUGGAUCAUCAGGUGCUAUUCUCUCAUAUAUUAUGUGUAAAGCUAUGAAUAGAAAUUUAACAAGUGUUAUUUUUGGAGGAUUUGAUGUUAAUCCAGCAGCUAUAUAAGCUACAAAAGUAGAAGGAACACAUACUGAAAUAAAUGUUGAAUAAGCUGUUGAAAUGAUGGUUAAUAGUAAAUCAAUCAUUAUUGUACCAGGAUAUGGUUUAGCAGUUGCUAAAGCAUAAUAUCCUGUUGCUGAAAUGUGUAAAACACUUAUUGAUUAAGGAAUCAAAGUAAGAUUUGGUAUUCAUCCAGUUGCUGGUAGAAUGCCUGGAUAAUUGAAUGUUUUAUUAGCUGAAGCUGGUAUUCCUUAUGAUAUAGUUUUUGAAAUGGAUGAAAUUAAUGAUGAUUUCCCUGAUACAGAUCUUGCCGUUGUUAUUGGAGCUAAUGAUACUGUCAAUUCUGCUGCUGAAGAAAAUCCAAAUUCACCAAUUGCAGGUAUAAUUUAAUAUUUAUUUUUUAGGAAUGCCUGUUUUAAGAGUUUGGUCUGCUAAAUAAUCAAUUGUUAUGAAGAGAUCAAUGGGUGUUGGAUAUGCUGCUAUUGAUAAUCCAGUUUUCUACAAACCAAAUAACAAUAUGUUAUUAGGUGAUGCCAAAAAAACUUGUGAUGAACUCUCCUCAAAAAUUAAAGAUCAUUUUAAAUCAUGAUCAAAUAUGUUGUACAAUUUCAUAUAAAAU